GAUAUCCGUGACGCGCGGUGCUGAACGAAAAUAUAAAUAAAAAUGGUCUGUUCUUAAAUGAAAAAAAGACAAAUAUCAUGCUGUUUGGUUUGGAGAAAAUGAUACAAAAUACUAGUUCAAAUUUCUCUCGUGUUACUUGUAACACCACAGCAUUGGAGAGAGCCGACACUUUUAAAUAUCUAGGGGUUUAUAUUGACACAACUCUUCAAUUUGAUAAACCCAUUAAAGAUGUAUGUAGUAAAAUUGGAAGGAAGCUUGGAGGAUUGUGUGGUCAGCGCCACUGUGUAAGCUUUACAGCAAGGUUUAAAUGAGUUACUUGUGUUCCCUAUUCUAGACUAUAAUGAUGUGAUGUGCGGGUCUGCUAGUGAGGAAUCGCUGAAGAAGAUCGAUACAAUGUGUAACAGGAUGUGUAUCUGUGUGCUCCCGUGUACUCCGCUAGCGCAUCACUGCAGCGCGUAUUCUACAUUAAACUUGCGAUCGCUGCUAACACAAGGAAUUAUCACUGGAAUCGGAUUCUCUUUAAAGGGGCACACAACACAUUACCAGUUUAUUUAAACAGCUUGUUUCUGAGUUUACCUGUAAAUACAGCCUAUCGUAAUGUCUGAGACACACAAUACUUUAAUAUACCGUCUGGAAAAAGUGCUGCGGGAAGAAAGUCUUUCGUUUUGUUCUGCUGCUACAGACUGGAAGCUGUUACCCGCAGGACUGAGACCUGACAUCUCCUGUGGGAAUUAAAAAAACAAACCCUGUUGUUCUAGUGCUUAAACAGGCUUGUGUGUGUGCUGUGUAAAUCUGAGGUGUACUUUGUGUAUUGUCUUGUCAUUGUGCGUUUAUAUUAUUUUUAUUUUUGAAACCUGUAACCUGCUGCUGUUAUUUCUAGCACGCCUUUGUAAACGAGCUACUUGUAGCUCACAUGGGCUUCCUAAAUAAAGACUUAAAAAUCAAAUAAAUAAAUAAUAAAGAGCGCGUCACGUUUACGGUUAUAACCGCACUGAAAUAUACUGGCUUUAAAACAAGAAAAGACAACCGAUGCAGCUGCGCAGCAGAGACAAGAGAACGAGGCAAGCGCGUUUAUUGUUUGGAAAGUAACUGUAAUGUUAUUACUGCCAUUAAAAGCUAAACGCGUUGUAUUACCUCGUUAUUGACUAAAGUAAUAUUAUUACAGUAAUGCGUUACUAAAGUAACGAGAUGCCGUUCAAACCGUCAUCACAAACAUACGUGUAACAGAACAUUCCUUAAUUUUACAUGUUAUAGAUUUGGGGCUAAAACACAAAGUCAGACUCUUCAGCCCUGAUAUUAAACAGUUGUUAAUAUCAGUUGUUUAAUUCCUAAUCUUAACAUUGUAAUAUUUGUUGGUGGAUUUAGAAACAGUUUCAUAGAAUAUCUGAUUCGUCAGUUUCUGCUCCCCCUGCUUGUCUAAACCUGGCCUCAGUCCCAAACCCCGCCUCUCAGAGCUUUACACAACUCCAGGAAAUCAGCGCAGUGAAGUUUCGUUUCUUGUGAAAUCGUCAGUCUCUCUGUCUCACUGCAGCAGAAAUGGCUUCAAAAGUAUGGUCAGAGGAUCGGUUUAGCUGUCCAGUAUGUCUGGAGAUAUUGAAGGACCCAGUCACUAUUCCAUGUGGACACAGUUACUGUAUGGGGUGUAUUAAGAACUGCUGGGAUCAGACUGAUCAUACAGGUGUCUACAGCUGCCCCCAGUGCAGAAAGACCUUUACCCCAAGGCCUGAUCUGUGCAGAAACACCAUGCUGGCCGAACUUGUGGAGGAAUUAAAGAAGACAGGACUCAAUCCUCCUCCUGCUCAAACUUAUGCUGGACCUGGAGAUGUGCCGUGUGAUUUCUGCACUGGGAGAAAGUUCAAAGCUGUGAAAUCCUGUUUGACGUGCUUGGCCUCUUACUGUGAAACACACGUCAAGCCACACUAUGAGGUUACUCCAUUAAAGAGGCACAAGCUGAUCAAUGCAAUUGGAAAUCUGGAGCAGAAGCUUUGUGCUGAACACCAACGAUUAUGUGAGGUCUUCUGUAGAACCGAUCAGACGUGUAUUUGCUGGUUGUGUGCAGACGAGGAUCACAAGAGCCAUGAUACAGUCUCAGCUGAGAAAGAAAGGAGUGUGAAACAGAAGCAGCUGGGAGAGACACAGACAGAAAUACAACAGAGAAUCCAGGAGAGACUCAAAGAAACUGAGGAGCUGAAAAAGGCUGUGGAGUCACUGAAAAGAUCUGCAUGCAUAGAAAUGAAGGAAAGUGAGAAGAUCUUUACUGAGCUGAUCCGAUCCAUUGAGAAGAUCCACACUGAGGUUAUUGAGCUGAUUGGAGCUAACGAGAAGGCUGCAGUGAAUCAGGCUGAAGGACGCAUGAAGAAACUGGAGCAGGAGAUUGCUGAGCUAAGGAGGAGAAACGCUGAGCUGAAACAGCUUUCAGAGACAGAGGAUCACAUCCAUUUUCUACAGAAUUUCCAGUCUCUCUGUGCCCCUCCUGAAGCUGGAGACUUACCCAGCGUUACUGUCAAUACAGACAUCUCUUUUGGGGCUGUGAGGAAAGCUGUAUCUGAACUUAAAGACCAUAUUGAGGACUUCUGCAAGGGGGAAUUAGUCAAAAUAACCAAAACAGGUUGGUGUGAAAUAGAUUCCUUUGGUAGAGAUUUCUCAAAAAAAACAUGGCUUGAGGAGGGACAGGACUUGCAAGACAUUAAUAAAGACCUCUUGCAGAUUGCUGGCUAUAUAAAUAAUGUAGUAUUGAGAAGGGAGGAGGCAGCAGGGAGGAGGAAGGAGUGAGGAGGCAGCAUGGAGGAGGGAGCAGGGAGGGCAGAGCAGGGAGCAUUGGAGAGGGAGCAUGGACAGAGAAGAGAGAAUUAAGCAGGGAGCAUGGAGGAGUGGGUGGAAGAG